AAAUACCCGGACGCACUCCUACAUAUAGCCUUCAAAAUCUCCGGAGACCGCCAGAAACUGCGGCUCAUUCCAGACGGACAUUCCCCCAACCCCCCGGCGGCUGGCCAUCCUCCUCCCGGAGCUCAGCUUGCUAGCUCAAUCCACUAAUGGCGGCGGCCGGAGCUUUCAUCUCCGCCUCCGGCUUCUCCCCCGCCAUCCUCCGCCGCCAGUCUUAUCCAGCUCCCGGAGCUCUGCGGCCGGCGCUCAGCUCCACUCGACGAUUCGCUGCUUCGACAACUGAGCAGCUGUCCACUGCUUCAGCUCCACCGGAAGAUUCCGGUCCGAACGGGAGGCCCCGGAAGGACGUGGAGCCAAGCAGGAGUACCGUGUCAGCGGCAUCGCCAUUCAUGGAAGACGAGGGACCGGAGGGUGAGGGGAAGAGCUUGGAGGAGUUCUUCGACCUCGCCAGGGAUUUGAUCCGACCGGACGGCGGACCCCCUCGGUGGUUCUCUCCACUUGAGUGCGGGUCUCGCCUGGAUGAUUCUCCUCUGCUCCUCUAUCUGCCCGGAAUUGAUGGUACUGGAGCUGGGCUUGCUUCGCAGCACAAGAAGCUCGGGAAGAUUUUUGACGUUUGGUGCUUGCACAUUCCGGUCAUGGAUCGAACGCCAUUUACAGGCCUUGUAAAAAUGAUUGAGAAGACAGUGAAAUCAGAGAGCCACAAUUCGCCGAAUAGACCUAUUUAUCUUGUUGGAGAAUCACUGGGAGCAUGCCUCGCACUAGCUGUAGCAGCAUGUAACCCAGAUCUUGAUCUCGUACUCAUCCUAGCUAACCCAGCAACAUCUUUCAACGCAUCACAAAUACAACCUCUCAUACCUUUGCUGGAAAUCGUGCCGGAUCAAGUCCAACUAUCCCAUCCUUACUUACUCACCUUGAUGAGAGGUGAUCCUUUAAAGAUUCUGAGGGCCACUUCAGAGAAAGCACUCCCACCACAAGAAACAGUGGACAUGCUAUCAAAGGACCUCUUAACCAUGUCUUCUUAUGUCUCAGUUCUUGCCGAUAUUCUACCUAAGGGAACACUUCUAUGGAAGCUUCAAAUGCUUAAGUUAGCUUCAGCAUUUACCAAUUCACGCCUUCAUGCAGUUAAAGCACAAACUCUCUUACUCAUCAGUGAAAGGGAUCAGCUGUUGCCAAGUAAAGCUGAAGCUUCACGGCUCUAUCGUGCACUACCAGGAUGCGAGAUUCGUAAAUAUGAAGAGAAUGGUCAUUUCCUCUUCUUGGAGGACGGCAUCGACUUAGUUACCACAAUUAAGAGUGCUCGGUUCUAUCGCCGCAGGAAGACCCUCGACGACAUAGCAGACUACUUGCCACCGACCUACUCUGAGUUUAUAAAGCAAUUUGAAUCAAGCAGAUGGGUAAAUGACUUCACUGCUCCUGUGAUGCUGUCAACUUUGGAGAAUGGCAAAAUCGUCCGAGGCCUUGCUGGGAUCCCUUCAGAGGGCCCAGUUCUGCUUGUUGGCUAUCACAUGUUACUAGGACUGGAGCUGGUGCCAUUGAUAGCUCAGUUCUUGUUCGAGAGGAACAUACAUGUGCGCGGGAUAGCUCAUCCCAUGAUGUUUGCCAAGUACAAAGAAGGGAGGAGCGGCCCCAGCCCAUCUUAUUAUGAUACUUUCCGGAUUAUGGGGGCUGUUCCUGUUUCAGGAACAAACCUGUUCAAACUUCUUUCUAGGAAGGCUCACAUCCUUCUCUACCCGGGCGGCAUGCGUGAAGCCCUUCAUAGGAAGGGUGAAGAAUACAAGUUAUUUUGGCCAGAACAGUCAGAAUUUGUCCGAAUGGCAGCACGAUUUGGAGCAAAAAUAGUACCCUUUGGGGCAGUCGGGGAAGAUGAUAUUGGUCAGGUAGUUGUUGAUUAUGACGACCUAACAAAGAUCCCAUACUUCAGGGAUCAGAUAAAAAAUCUGACUGACGGGAAUGUAAGGCUCAGGACAACCGCCACCGGGGAGGUAGCAAAUCAGGAUGUACACCUUCCAGGAAUUAUGCCCAAGAUCCCUGGUCGGUUCUACUAUUUCUUCGGAAAACCAAUAGAAACCGAAGGGAGGAAGCAGGAACUGAAGGACAGGGAGAAAGCUCAUGAGCUGUACCUCGAAGUCAAGUCCGAGGUAGAGAAAUGCAUCGCCUACCUUAAAGAGAAGAGAGAAGGCGACCCUUACCGGAGCAUCUUCUCUCGACUAGUUUACCAGACUAUAAACGGCUCUUCAUCUGAAAUUCCAACAUUCGAGCUGUGACUUCUGCCGAGCAUGGAAAGGUUCAAUAAUGUGCAGUGUCCAAUAGAGGAUGGGGGGUUAUUAAUUUUUCCUUGCAAGAGAGCUCUUGCAAGAAAUGAUUACAGCAGGUUAGGUGAGAGAUUCACAAUCAUCUCUCAUAGUCAAGAUGAAUAAAUGUACAUUGUACAAUUUUUUUCUUCACAUAGUGAGAAGAAAAAUAUUAUGGUUGUGUAACAGUUGCCAUUCCACUGAUACAAAUUUAAGAGCCUCGAGCAAAA